UCGGGUCGUGGGGAUUCAAUCCGAGACUGGCAGGUCCAAUCUAGCCCUAGCCGUCAAGUCGCCUCCUCGCACGCAAAGCGGCAGAGCCUCCAGGCAUCGCCGUCGCCCGCCGCGUCGCUUCGCUUCGCCUGCGCCGCCGGCGUCUGGGACCGUGAAUCUGAUCGCCUCCGUGCCCGCGGCCUCGACCGUGCCCGCCGCCGCUUCGCCGUGCUCACAGUUUUGUUUAUUCUGCUCAUUCAGGUUUGAAGCUGCUCUAGAAAUAUACAAUAUGGCUGCGGUUGAUGCAGCGACCAAGAAGAUGGAGACAAUGAAUGUUGGACAAAAUCAAGAAACGGAAGAGAAUCUGAGUAAAGAAGGCAAAGUUGCAAACAGCAAUGGUGUGGUUCCUGCAGCUCAGUCCUCACCACCAGAGGAUGAUGAAGAAGCACAAGCUGAUGGUCCAUCUCAAGAUGGAGCACCAGAAGCUGCAAAGAAGAAAAGGAAGAAAAGCAAAGCCAAAAAGAAGAAAGACCCUCUUCAGCAGACAGAUCCUCCAUCAAUACCUGUUGACGAGCUUUUCCCUUCAGGAGAAUUUCCAGAGGGUGAAAUCCAGCAAUAUAAGGACGAUAAUUUAUGGAGAACAGCUAGUGAGGAAAAAAGGGAACUGGAACGAUUGCAAAAGCCAAUGUACAAUGCUGUUCGCCGAGCAGCAGAAGUUCAUAGACAGGUGCGGAAAUAUAUGAGGAGCAUUAUAAAGCCUGGAAUGCUGAUGAUGGAUCUAUGCGAAACAUUGGAAAACAUGGUCCGAAAACUUAUCAAGGAGAAUGGACUGCAAGCUGGUAUUGCCUUUCCAACAGGAUGCUCCUUGAAUUGGGUUGCAGCUCAUUGGACCCCAAAUUCUGGUGACAAAACUGUGCUGCAAUAUGAUGAUGUGAUGAAACUGGAUUUUGGAACACAUAUAGAUGGGUACAUAGUUGAUUGUGCAUUUACUGUUGCAUUCAACCCCAUGUUUGAUCCAUUGCUUCAAGCAACGAGAGAUGCCACAAAUACAGGGAUCAAGGAAGCUGGAAUAGAUGCACGACUUUGUGAUGUUGGUGCUGCAAUCCAAGAAGUCAUGGAGUCGUAUGAGGUUGAAAUCAAUGGGAAUGUUUUCCAAGUAAAAAGUGUUCGGAACCUCAAUGGACAUAGCAUUGGGCCGUAUCAAAUCCAUGCUGGAAAAUCAGUUCCAAUUGUGAAAGGUGGAGAACAGACAAAAAUGGAGGAGGGGGAAUUUUAUGCCAUUGAAACUUUUGGAUCUACUGGAAGGGGAUUUGUAAGGGAGGACUUAGAAUGCAGUCAUUAUAUGAAGAACUUUGAUGUUGGUCAUGUGCCUUUGAGGGUAGCAAAAGCUAAGCAACUACUUGGGACUAUCAACAACAACUUUGGAACACUUGCUUUUUGUCGCCGGUACUUGGACCGCCUUGGUGAGACCAAGUAUCUCAUGGCUCUGAAAAAUCUUUGUGAUGUCGGUAUUGUUCAGCCGUACCCUCCAUUGUGCGACGUGAGGGGAAGCUAUGUCUCGCAGUUUGAGCACACCAUCUUACUCCGCCCAACCUGCAAAGAGGUCAUAUCAAGAGGCAACGACUACUGAAUGCAGCUGCAUCUCCUCUUAUACCGAUUGUUUAUGCGAUGAGUGCACACCAUUUUUGCGCAACCUGUGUACUAUCUGUUUACGGAUCAUAUGAUAUGUCACAUGUCAGAUAAAUAACGUGACACACUUUCCGUCACAUUUUUAGUCCGGAUUGUGUGAAAACGUGUUUUUCGAUGAGCUGAUUUUUCUGUCUCGGUGUAUUAUGUUGGAUAACGUCUAUAUAUAUAACUAAUACGUUGUCGUGGAAACAUGGAUUUUACUGCAUUCAUGUGUGCUGGAUAAAA